AUGGCCGAAAUUCAAGUGUUCAAAACAAAGAUCACGAACGCUUGUGCUCUGCUCAGGUCUAAUGAGCCAGAAAUCACAAAGUUCAACCAAGGAUUUUCAUUCCCUCCACAAAUUGAGGAAUGCAAAGCGUACAUUAGGGAAAAAACUGCCCUGUUGAACCACCUCACAAAAAGUAUCAACUCAGCGAAGCAGUUCCAUGACGCUUGCGCCAAAGAAGCCAUCGAGACAAUUAAUGUCUUCACCAAAGACAAGCUGACCACUACCACGAGGACAGCAAACCUAUCAGAAGAAGAUCGAAACUUCAUAAAAGGGAAAAAGAUCUCGAUUGCGCAGAGGAACCUCCUGAACGUAUCGCCUGACAUUCUCGUAGGACAAGACUUACUGCACCAAAUUCUUGACCACAAUGCUGCAGAUAUCAAGCUACCAUCCGGAUUAGUUCUCACACCAACUAUAUUUGGGUACACAAUUUCCGGCACCAGCGGCUUUACUAGUUCGACGAGGAGCAACUCAGAAGCACAGUGCAGCUCAGUCAUCGUUGCUACUCCACUCAUUUCAUCAAAAGAUGAUUACAAAAUGGAUAUAAAACAUCUGUAUGAAUUAGAGUCACUUGGAAUAAACACAGAUAGUGGCACUGAUGAAGCAUCCGUCAUCAAAUUCAUGGAGGAUUACAGAAAAAACCAUAACUAUCGAGAGUGGGAACAUCACUGCAGGAUUUCCGUCCACCGACGAAAAGGAAUCAUAGAGGAAGCGGACAACUUUUCAAACAGCGUCGCUAACUUCUACCUCCCUCAGAGAUACGUAUGGACACCUUCAAAGUCAACCAAGCUUCGAGUAGUGUUUGAUGCAUCUUCACAUGCGAAAGAUGAGUGUAGCCUCAACGACGUCAUCUUUGAAGGCCAUUCACUAACACCACUAAUCCACGAAGUGGUGCUGCAAAUUCGCACGCAUCUUUACACCAUGGAGCAUAGAGAUGUCACAAGAUUCAUCUGGGUGAAAGAUACAUCGCUCCCACCAGCAGGGAACAAUCUCAAGUAUUUCCGCUUCUGCCGGGUUCCUUUCGGCAUCAAUGCAAGUCCAGCUAUCCUACACCAGUCGAUACUGAAGCAUACCGAAGGGUCGCAUCAGAUUUGCCGAGAAAGACUGUUCCAACUCCCUCUACGUAGACAAUGUACUACUCGAAGGAAGAAAUGCAAACGAAUUAAUUCGGAAAUAAGCUGGAUCUAA